GUGAACGUCAUUCAAUUUAAUAUAUGAAGAUAAAGAUGUGAAAAGUGAAAUUAAUGCUAGAUACGCUUUGUAACAGAAAAUUAUAAGUUAGGAAAAGUGGUUAAGAAUUAUAGAUUGAUAUUAAUUUAUAUUUAAUUAUUAUUUUAUCAUAGUGUGAAUCAAUAACACAAAAUGUCUGAACGGAAAGUUCUAAACAAAUACUAUCCCCCGGAUUUCGAUCCCUCAAAAAUCCCACGUAUGAAAUUGGCUAAAAAUCGCCAAUAUACGGUAAGACUGAUGGCUCCUUUCAACAUGAGAUGUGCUACUUGUGGAGAAUAUAUUUAUAAAGGAAAAAAAUUUAAUGCUCGGAAAGAAGACGUUGAAAAUGAAGAUUAUCUUGGUAUUAGAAUAUACAGAUUUUAUAUAAAGUGCACCCGAUGUUUACAAGAGAUAUCAUUCAAGACCGACCCAAAGAACACAGACUAUGAGAUAGAAGCCGGCGCUACCAGGAACUUUAUGGCCUUGAAACUGGCAGAGGAACAGGCCAAGAAAGAGGAAGACGAACAAAAGGAAGAAGAAGCCAACAAUCCCAUGAAACUCUUAGAAUACAGAACAGAACAAUCUAAACAGGAGAUAGAGAGAUUGGAGAGUCUCGAGGAGCUCAAGGAGUUGAACAGGAGACAGAGGACCGUGGACUAUGAGGGGAUGUUGAAACAGUACCAGGGAGAGACGGCAGAGGAGAGACGAGCCAGGGAAGAGAGAGAAGACGAUGACUUCAUUAAAUCAAUAAAGUUCAACAGCGGUCUGAAGCACAAGAUCGUGAGCGAAGAGAUCGUAGAAGAGUUGGAAGAAGACGGACCCAAGACAAAAAACAUUAAAAUAGAUGAACCUUCGAGCAGGGUGACGGACCACAAAAAGAAUGAAGCCUGGAAGAGGAGCCUCGGAGUCACCAGGAAACCACUGUCUAACCUGGUCAAAACAAAGAGAAUGGACGGAGCCAGUAGUGAUACAACUCAGACAGCCAAGAAGGAAGAGAAGGAAUCAAGUGCCAAAGCCACCGGGCUGGCAUUACUAGCAAGUUAUUCAGGAAGUGACAGCGACUAGGAAAUGUAUUGUUAGAGACUGGGAGAACGAUAAUAAUAAUUUAAUUUAACAGUAACUAGAUGUGGUGGAUAUUAAAACCAUUUUUACAUCAGUAAA